CAGAUGAACUAUGGAAACAUGAGAAACGGUGUCGCAGAACAAUGGAUUUUUACUUCUAGGACAAACUGUAAGACAGACAUUGACCCAGCCCAUCGCAAGUUGAGCCAGCUACAAGCUGUGGUUGAGUACCUCACUGGCAAAGACCCAGAUCUGGAGUGUGAUGUGGAGCUGUUGCAACUGUUUGAUGCUGUGGUCACAGCUCCUAUGGAAGCUUACUGGACUGCCCUUAUGCCUGACACUUCAGGUAUGGAGGACGGGGUAGAAACAGCAUUCUUGGGGACCCGUUCAGGCCUAAUGAGAUUCCAGAGGUACACUGGUAUUGAGAAAAGAAUUGCCAAGUCUUUCCUGACCUCCACAGACAAGGAGAAUAUGUUCACGUUGGACCAUUUCCCAGUGUGGUACCGCAGAGCAGCCGAGCACCCAGCUGGACAGUUUCUAUACUACAUGCCUAGACAGCAUAAUAGAGAUACCUUUACUGAGCAAACACACACGCACAGACACACAAAACACUGUUUGUGCUAUUUUUUUUUUCCAGUUUUCUCAGCCAUAUUCUGCAGGUUGAGACAAAAAUCCCUCGGUGACAGGCUCAUGUCUCUUUGCUUCACUGUGAAUUUUAUGUAGUUUGUAUCAACACAGUGUCUUACACAGAUAUAGGACAUUUGAAUAAUUUUUUCUUACUGAGGCAAAAUGUCCUGAAGGUUUAGUUCAGCCAGGAUGGGUAUUCCAUUUGUGUUCAUGUUCUGUGAAUGUUGCUGCCAUGAAGAAUUAUUAGCUGCUCCAGACUGACACAUUUAACAGCUACUGUACUGUCAUCAUAUUUAUUAUGACCGGUUUUGUUUUAAAGGGGGGUAUAACGGAAGCAUGGAAACAUAUAAUGCACACACAGAGCCCAUCUGUUAUGAGUGCAUUGGUCAAUUAGCUCUCAUAUUCUGUGUUACAUAAUGCUUAAAAUGUUAAUCUGGCUGGAAUCUUUGGUUUGUUGACACUUGGCAUCUGCUGGCGCAAUGGCUGUGAAUUGACACACAGAAGAGGCAUGGAUGACUUUUUUAGAUGUUGCCUCCCCAGUCCAAGUCAAUCUGUCACCCACAUAGUUUGUUUUGGCAUGUCUUAUUAACACUUCGGCUGUUACUAUCACUGUGUGUGUUCACAGAUGAUCAUAUGAGGUAAUCAGAAUGUGGGAAAAUAAAUAUUUCAUAUUUUGCUUUUCAUUCCUUGUGCAUACAUGCGUAUGCAUUUAGAAGGAAUAUUUGUGCUUGUGAAGUACAUGCAUGCACCCAUGUUUCUACAUGCAUUGAUACAAUGGACUGCAGUACAUUCUUGCUAAUAGUGUGUGUUGCCCUCCCAGCAGGGAUGACAGUGAUUGCUACCACUGCUGUCACUGUGGCGGUUGGCAAGAAGACUGCCAUCGCCGGAGUGUACUGAACUGAGAUGGAGAGCCAAGCCCAGAAAGCGGAAGAGGAGAGUAGGAGGAGAAUGGAGCAGAAAAGGAAGAGAUGCUUCAUUAGUGGGACAGCUGAGGCUUGAGACGCUGAGGUGAAUAUAGAUUUUUACACAUGAACAGAGAGCAGAGAGCAGCUGUGCUUAUCUGAUGUACUAACAGCCAGCAGAGACAUGGAGAUAACACACACGGUACACAGAAACACAAUGAGCGUGUUAAUGUGCAUUCACACACCAGUGCAGUUAUAUUAUGUAGAGAGAAGCACAGGGAUGCACCAAUGGAAACACACACCUAGCCACCUUUCUCAGAGGUAAACUAGCAUGCUCUAGUUUCUGCCCACUGCUUCCUGACUAUCCUAUCCACUAAUUCAGAUCAAACAUGGCUAAAA